AUGGAGACACCCACCACCUUUCACCAUCGUUCCACUUUUCGACCCAAUACCCAGGACAGAUCUAAGCAGUGGCGUGAACGAUUCCGGCAACAAUGCGCAGAGCGAGUGAAAUCAGCUCGUCAGAAUCAAGUUGAUAAGCGACGACAAAACAAGUUACUAGAGUUUGCUGCUAUGGAGGAGUGGGAGAACUUUAAACGUAUACACGAGGAAGCUUUCAAGGCCGAGGGCAUUGUUGAUCCUGACAAGCUACUUGAAGAAGAGCCAUUGAAUGAUGCUGAUGAAUACCUGGAUGAAGAAGCUGCCUAUCUCAGAUCGUUGGUCUUUUGUUUUCAAUGCGGCAAUGCACCUUUAGAACUUGACAUAUCAGGCAAACUACGAUGUCCAUGUUGUGGAUUCUUUGCAACAGAGAAGACGGUUCAAUCGAUUCAGAUAACAGUGGAGCAGCAUGAACAAGUGUGUCCUGGAAGAAUCGGUUACAGCCCGGAGCCAGGCAGCGAUGCUAUCUAUGGCCUUUGUGAUACCUGCGACCUUAUGGAGGUCUUUUAG